CCAAGACCGGCCUGGACCGGCCCACCCUUGCCGCUCGCCUCUGUGCUGAUCCAGGCGCUCUGCGACCAACGCUGGACACCCCCCCAGCUCCUCCCCCCCUCUCCGACAACCGACAUCUGCAUCCAUCCGGCCGUCCACCGCACGCCAUGUCCAAGACCGAAGACGUCCGGGCCAUUUUGAAGUUUGUCAAGAGCAAUGUAUCUAUCCGAGCCGGCGAGGACGAUGUGAUGCUUGGCUUCCUGUCCCUGGCCGAGCAGCAGUCCGAUUCGCCGACACCCAUCUUCCUCUGGAUCCCCAAAGGCAACAUCCCAACGCAGGAUAUUCAAAUCUACCGCGAGGUGGCGUCCCGAACCCGCAAAGCACGACUCGAGGGCACUCUGCUGCAAAAGUCGCCGUCAUUCUCGUCCGUCUCGAGCCCCGGGUCAGAUCUUGGCGUCGGCUCAAAGUCCGGACCCGGUGGCAUCGCGACCAGCUUCCCAUUCAAGUUCCUCUCGCCCGGGCAGAGCACGACCCAGCCAGCCUCGGAGGUCACCAGUGUUGUGGUGACCGAAGCCAUCUUCACCCCGGUGGCAGACAUCCAUUCCAUCAUUCUGGAGAACGGCUUGACUCUUGCCGACGAUGGCGACAGUAUAUGCCUGCCCAAGCUCAGCAUCCACCUCUCGAUCGCCAACCCCAAGCCCACAUCGGACCUCAAGUCGCCCCCGGGCUCGGUCGAUGCCAAGAGCCAGAACACAAUCGAGGCGCUGCUACCGGAGCUCUGGAUUGACCCCGAUGAGGCCGGCAAGAUCAUGCCUCUUGAGGAGGUCGAGAAGGAGCUGCGGGCCUGGUUCCUGCCUGCCGGCAUCCAGCUCGCGAGGGUCGAGUCCGAGAACCCAAACAUGUCCCAGAAGAUUGUGCUGAUUCCAUAUCCCAUCACAAAAGACGGGCGGGUUCCUCUCAAUCUCUCCCAAGACUCGACACUCUACAAACUCGGGGCGCUGUCGCUCGGGGUCGUCUCUGGAAUCGUCGGCGAGCCCAUCGCCAAUAAAAUCGAGGACGUGGGCUGGGACAUCCUCGAGCGAUUCUCCAAGGUCACGCAGCUCUACAGAGACACGCGCGCCCAAGUGCUGGAGCACCCUCUGGCCCGUCCAUUCUUGACGUCGAUCCCGCCCCAGCUCCGGUCAUACUUUCUCUCCUCAGCCGAGGCCGAGAUGUUGCUCGAGGAGUACGACUCGGCAGCCCACUACUUUGCCCGGUGGGCCCACGAAGUGCAGGAUAAGAUCACCCGCAGACACUCGGCGAAGCCACCCUUGAGUGGUCAGGCACUGCCCGUCGAUGCGCCACUGGACACCACCCGCAGCUUCGAAGCCCUGUCGCACGACUAUGUCCAUGAGCGCUCGGGGGUCGAGAUGACCGCAGAGUACUGGAUUGCGCUCUACAACGAAAAGGGGCAGCUGAUGGGAUCGGCGAAAGAAAUCCAAAAGUCGAUUUUUCAAGGGGGCAUCGAGAACGAUAUUCGAUGCGACGUUUGGCGGUUCCUUCUCGGGAUGUACCCGUGGGACUCGACCGAGAAGGAGCGGAUUCUGAUCAGUGAGCAGAAAAAAAAUGACUACGCCGCCAUGAAGCAGCAGUGGAAGACGAUUCUUGCCGAGGCAGAGUCCAACAACCCGACCGGCGCUCAGACGGGCAAGCAAACCAGCAACUCCGAAGACCCGAACUCCGUUGCCGGAGACGAGCAGGAAGACGGAGAUGUGGUCUCCAAGAUCAGGGAGCGCAAGUAUCGCAUCGAGAAGGAUGUGGUGCGAACCGACCGCGCCGAGCCAUUCUUUGCCGAAGAGCUGCCCGGAAUCGCACCGGGCCGACAAAGCUUCAUCCGGCUCAAGAGCGACCGUCCGAAUCCGAUCAGCGAGUUUAUGAACCAGCCGUCGGCCGACGGGGCCAAGAUAAUGCCCAAGAACCUGGAGAUGCUGCGAGAUGUCCUCGUCACCUACACCAUGUACAACUAUGAGCUGGGCUAUGUCCAGGGCAUGAACGACCUGCUUGCACCAAUCUUGGCAGUCAUGCGCAACGAAGUCGACGCAUUCUGGUGCUUUGUUGGUCUGAUGGAGCAGAAGAAAUCCAAUUUCAAUCGAGACCAGAGCGGCAUGCGUGAGCAGCUCCUGCUCCUCGAGGUCUUGAUCAAGUUCAUGGAUGCGCCGCUGUAUGCACAUCUCGAAACCACCGACUCGACCAACAUGUUCUGCUGCUUUCGGUGGCUCCUGGUGGUAUUUAAACGCGAAUUCAAGUUCCGUGACAUUAUGAGGCUCUGGGAGACGCUGUGGUCCUCCACGCAGUCCAAGCACUACCAUCUGUUUAUCGCUUUGGCGAUCCUCAACAUGUACCGCCACGACCUGAUGCGGUGCAAGGCAUUCGACGAGAUCCUGAAGUUCAUCAACGAUCUCUCCAACAAAAUCGACCUGGAGUCGAUCCUGAUCCGCGCCGAAGUCCUCUCGAAAGUGUUUGCUGGCGAGAUUCGCACGGCGGUGCGGGAGAAGCUCGGCGUCAAUCUCGACACGGGACGGGAGGAGCCUGUUCUCCAGGCCACUGGAGCAGUUCCAGAGUCCAAGCCCACGCCCAAGCCUGCGAGUCGGCAGAACGAUGCAGCGUCCGCGGCCGACGACGUCGCCAAAGGGUACAUUGAAGAGGACGGCGAGAUUGGGGCACGAGGGCUCUGGGCGCUUAUCCGAUUGCUCGAGUGAUGUUCUUGUGAGAACGUUGGCGUAUGGACUUUGCUGUAGACCCUUGGCGAGUGUAUCGCGGUCGAGGUUUGUUUUGAAUACGGAUUCCUGAGCCAGAACAGCUUGAUAUGGAUGAUCAGGAGCGCAUUCGAGGCCCAUGAAUACACGUGUUCUCCCGCUUUGGUAUGGUACACUUUAUUCAGAAAAAAACGGGACAAUAUAGCCGUUUCCAUGAACAUGUAGUAUGUGCUGUGCUUGCGUCAAGCAA